GAAUCAAAAGCUCAGUAAUCCUCAAAUAAAAUAAAUAAAUAAAAAUAAAUCACAUCUUAUUUUAAAAGUAGAGGUAUUUCUCCUUCAGGUCUGAUGAUAAGUUAUACUCUGUCAGGUUUUUACAUGGACUGUAUAUGGGUAAACUUUUGUGAUUUGGUGGGAGGAGCAGCUCCAGCAGCCCCCACCCGCCUGAGCCGUCUGCUCCAGUUCUGUGCCCGGGGGAGGGGACGCUUUGUCCGGAUACGUGGUGGAACUUGAGGCGGUCCUUACAGACCCACGCACACCGACAGCCCUUGGAUCAUCCCAGCCAACCAGCCAGCCAGCCCCUCCACCAUUAACCAAACUUUUAAAAAUGGCACCCUCCACCUCUUCCCAACUCUUCUCUGCGCUAUUAAUCGCAUUUUUUGCCUCUGGUGUGAACUCUCAGUAUGAAAAAUACAGCUUCAGGAGUUUCCCAAGGAAUGAGCUCAUGCCCCUGGAGUCCGCUUACAAAUACGCACUGGAUCAGUACACUGGGGAGAAGUGGAAAGACACGGUGGAGUACAUGGAGGUGUCUCUGCGGCUGUACCGGCUGCUGCGGGACAGCGAGGCCUUCUGCAACCUCAACUGCAGCUCCGUGAGGCUGGACGACGAGGAGAAGUUUGCGGAGUUUCCAGAGCUGCGGGCGUUUGGUAACGUGAUGAAGAGGGCGCAGUGCCUGAAGCGCUGCAAACAGGGGCUGCCCGCAUUCAGGCAGACCAUGCCCAGCCGGGACACCAUAGAUGAGUUUGAGAGGAGAGAGCCGUACAAAUACCUGCAGUACGCCUACUUCAAAUCUGAUAACCUGGCCAAGGCGGUGUCUGCUGCCCACACCUUCCUGCUCAAACACCCAGAUGAUGAGAUGAUGCAGAGGAACAUGGCGUACUACAAGAGUUUGCCUGGGGCCGAGGAACACCUCAAAGACCUGGAGACCAAAUCUUACGAGACAUUAUUUGUGCGUGCAGUGCGGGCAUAUAACGGAGAAAACUUCCGUACCUCGGUGUCAGACAUGGAGCUGGCUCUGCGGGACUUCUUUAAGGUCUACGAUGAGUGUCUGGCUGCGUCUGAGGGCCCCAGGGAUGUGAAAGACUUUAAAGACUUCUACCCUUCCGUAGCUGAUCACUACAUAGAGGUCCUUGACAGGAAAGUGAGGUGUGAAAAUGACCUGACACCUGUCGUAGGAGGUUUCGUCGUUGAGAAGUUUGUGGCCACCAUGUACCACUAUCUGCAGUUCGCCUAUUACAAAUUGAAUGACCUGAAGAAUGCAGUACCGUGUGCAGCCAGCUACAUGCUCUUUGACCCCAGUGAUGAAGUUAUGAAGAAUAAUGUGGCCUAUUACCAGUUCCAUAAAAGCGAAUGGGGACUGACAGAGGAGGACUUUCUCCCCAGAUCAGAGGCAUUGCGGUACUACAAUCAGACCACCAUGCAGCUAGAGAUGUUGGAAUUCUCUAAACAGCGUCUGGUGAGCGACGAUGAGGGGGAGGUGAUGGAGUUUAUAGAUGAGUUCCUGGAUGAGGAUCAAUACCUCACAUUGGAAGGUCCACCGAAACCCUGAAAAACAAACAAAAAAAACAAAACAGCACUCCAACAACACUCCCCAUUUUGUAUCUUUGGAUUUUGUACGAGGCUCUGAUUGAUCACUGUGUUUUUAACUGCAGAUCCACAUCCGGAAUAUUUUUUUAAUUUCCUAUUUUGUGCACUAAAUAUCCAGUUGAGUGGUAUGGACGUACAGCACAGUGGCUAAAUGAUUUAAAGACAAAGAUGAUAAUAGAGAUAUUAAUUUAAUAAUUUAGUAAUAUUUUUACUACCUGUUUUAUGGAUUCAUUCCUCCACUGUGAAUCAUGUAUGUUGUCUUUCAAAGUUGGUCAUUUUUUUGCAAUGAAAUGAUAAUAAAACUUACCAAACAUC